UUGUGCACAUGCGCAGUGCCUUUAGUAUCGCGUCACUGUAGCCUGUGGUGUCUAGUUGGCUUUGCAACUGUGAACGUGGCAGAAACAUUUUACCAUGGACCUAUCUGCUCUGAUUGCUUUGACGCUGUUACUGGGUGCACUUAUCAUUCUGGUUGCAUUCGCUGUGAGCAAACGGAGGAAGGAAAUAGGAGAAGAAGCGGCGCAAGAGGCGGAGUUUGCCGCUGAGGCCAAUGCAGUGAAAGGCCCUGCUCCCAAGAAACAGAAGCAGGAGAAGCAGCGUAACCGCAAGGAUAAAGCCUCACAGCACAGUUUCAGCCACCCUCUGCUGGCAGCAUCAUUAAAGGCCCACGGAGGGAAUGUGACCUGCAUUGAUUUCAGCAGUAAUGGCAAGUACCUGGCCUCCUGCUCCGAUGAUCGCACCGUUCGCAUCUGGAGCACAAAAGACUUCCUGGAGCGGGAGCACAAGUCUCUGAGAGCCAACGUUGAGCUUGAUCAUGCUACCUUGGUCCGCUUCAGUCCAGACUCAAGGGCAUUUAUCACCUGGUUGGACUAUGGAGACACCAUCCGUGUCUUCAAAAUGAUCAAGAAGGAUGAUGGCACUUUCACCUUCAAAGCUGCUGCUGAGGACUUUCCAAAGAAACAUAUUGCACCCAUACUCAAUAUUGGCAUUGCAGAGACAGGAAAAUUCAUCAUGAGCGCAUCGACAGACACCAACAUCCACAUAUGGGACCUGAGAGGAGAAAUACUGGCCUCUAUCAACACUAACCAGAUGAACAAUUCUUAUGCUGCCAUCUCCCCAUGUGGCAGGUUUGUAGCAUCAUGUGGCUUCACUCCAGAUGUAAAGGUGUGGGAGAUCUGCUUCACCAAAGACAAAGUGUUCAAGGAGGUGGUCCGAGCUUUUGACCUAAAGGGCCAUUCUGCAGGUGUCCAUGCAUUUGCCUUUUCCAAUGACUCUCACAGAAUGGUCACUGUGUCAAAAGAUGGCACGUGGAAGCUGUGGAACACAGACGUAGAGUACAAAAAGCAGCAAGAUCCCUACCUGCUGAGGACUGUCCCGUGUGCUUCAUCUGAAGGGAGCCUUGCAGCCCUGUCUCCAGAUGGCCGGGUGGUGGCUAUUAGUAACGGCUGUAAUGUGGCAUUGUACAAUGCUACGACUGGUGAGCUUGAGGAGGAAAUGACCAACGUCCACAGUGAAGAGAUUGCUGACCUAAGAUUUGACACGACUGGACGUUUUUUGGUGUCCUGUGGUGACAAAGCCAUUCGAGUUUUUCACAAUGCCCCUGGCUACCGAGCCACCAUCAGAGACAUGCAGGACAUGCUGAAGAAAGCCCAGAAUGAAGGCAUGAAGCAGAGAUUGCAGAAACAAAUAAAAGAGGCUCAAAGUGCAUUGGACGCUGUGUUAGCUGCUCCUGUCCACUGAAGCUCCAGAAAGAGCACUGUGAUUGUGAAUGUGACUGCAAAUAUAUGUAAAUAUAUUUUUCCCAGCCAAUCAUUUUCUCUGCCACUCUGAUUGGUCCAUACAAGUGUUGGCAUGCAGUUUUAAUAAAGAAUUUAUUUUUAAUCUAAA